UGUUGAGAAGCCUGUCCAAACAGACCUCUCCCACAUUCGCUGGCUGUACUCCAGUCUGUAGGAGCCUAGACGCCCUUGAGUUCAGUGACUGUGAGGGCUGAGCAGAGGCUGCUGAAGGGAGCCACUGAGGGAAGUGCGGAGAUCCUCUGGCUUCCAGAUGUUAGGCCUUCUGGGGAACACGACCCUUGUGUGCUGGAUCAUGGGCACGGCGCUGGCUUUUUUGAUGUUGCUGUGGCUGCUGGCCCUCUGCCUUUUCCACAGAUCACAGGAGCAUGACGUGGAGAGGAACCGAGUCCGACAAGCCCGGCCUCGACCCUUCCGUGGCCGGCGCCUGCGUCUCCCGAGACUCGUUCACCAUCACCAUCAUCACCGUGUGACCGGGGUGACCAGUGUAGGCGUUCACCAUCACCACCACCACCAUUCUCCCCAUCGUCUCCACCACCACCAGCACCACCACCGCCACCACCAUGCUGGAGUCCGCCGUUGAGGUCAAUAGAUGGCUCCGCCCUCCAGUCGGCAGCAAAAUGAGUGGACCCUGACGCAUCCACAGAAAAGGAUGUGUCUCUGGGAUGAAUGGGGGUACUGGAACCCUGGUCCUGCUUGGGUUUCAUUUGCAUACGAGCCCUUCUCCCUGUGUGCAACAGAGACCUGAGAACCACCUGGGUGGCCCUCUACACAAUGUGGGGCUUGAGCUGGAAAGCGGGGCUGGCUGAGCUUCCUAUCUUGUGACUGUAACUCCUGGUGACCCUGGAAGUAAUGAGGGCGUCUGGCAGAACCAGACCCCAGGUGGAGAUGGAGAGUUCUGAUUGGGGAGGUCCUUCAGGGGCAGACUGUGGUAUGGGCAAUCACUGCUGCUUGGCUGUAAGAAAUAAAAGCAACCAGAAAGCUU